UGCUGACAGCACUCAGAGCGAGCGCAGAAAUCUAACAUUUUCUGCCUCUACGUUCACAAUUACAAUCUGAUCAGCCCUCCUCGUCUCGCGCAGCGACCUCGCUUCUUACGGCGCGUGCAGCGGAGGUCUCGUGACGAGAACGUCUGUGUUCUGCUUCUCUUAAUUAUUCCGAAAGUGUUUUAUUACAACAAGGACGUAUUCUGUAAGAGGAACCCACUGCCGUGAAAAUGUACUCGUCAAGAAAUUACAAACCAAACAUAGUCAUUCUGACGCUGGCCGUAUUUGUUUGUGUGGCGAACGCACGAGGGCAAGGAUCUUUUAUGGAUGGGAGGUUAGCAGUCACCCAAAGAGGAGGUCAGCUGGAGGCAGAAGAUGGGUCCAACCCAUACCACACUACACAGAACCCAGAGAGAGACCUGCCCCUGCUCACCACUGCUCCCCCUUUCAGUAGCCUCAACCACCAUCAGACUUAUAAGCCCUUCCCACCUUACGACCCACUGCAUCAAAGCCAUGAGCAGUACUUUCAGGACAGCGGCGGGGCGGCUCAUCAUCCCACAAUGCCAUCCACUAGUUCCCAUCUCCUUCAAGAUCCUUCCACUCAGCAUGUCCCACAUGAGGAUACACCUCCGUUCUCUCAUGUAACGGCUAUCAAACCCACCACAUUGGCACCAUCUUCUGCUGCCCUCACCCAGUCACACAUGUCCAGUGUCCAGCAUGAAUCUUCAGCAGAAACACAAAAGAGAAGUUCCAAGGAGCCACCUGUGUCCAUGACCACAAGAUCACUGACCACUGAUGCUCAAACAUCCAAUGAAAAACAUUUAGAAAAAGAUAGGGGCGUCAAAAUAUCCUCCAACAAUGGGCCCAAAGAUGCAACUAACAAAGAAAAGAUGCAAAAGAUCAAGAUAGAACAUGAUGCUCCAUUAAGCGAUGUUACUGCAACAGCAUCAUCGGUGUCUGUAGAUUUGGAUGACAAGACUGCCACCUCCACCAUCAUCACCACGACGGUUAUAACGACCAUGCAGAUGCCAGCUCCAUGCAGCAGCAAUUUCACAGCACCGGGAGGAUACAUAGAGACACCACAGCCAGCCAAGAGUUGGUACAAUACAAAUGUAGACUGCACGUACACUGUGACCGUCUACAUGGGUUACGGGGUGGAAAUUCAGGUGAUGAAUGUGAGUCUGGCUGAAGGCGAUGUUGUUAGAUUUGAAGACCUGGGCGGCAGGGAGCCUUCUGUGCUGGCAAACGAGUCCAUCUUGCUGAAGGGUCUGGUGGUACGCAGCUGGAGCAACCAAAUUUCCAUCCAUUUCCGCAGUCAGAAGCCGCAGUCCAGCUCCUUGCUACUGCGUUACCAAGCCUUUGUGUUGAGCUGUAACUUCCCUGAUAGACCAGCUUACGGGGAUGUGUCUGUGACUAGCCUGCAUGCAGGGGGUGAGGCCUAUUUCUACUGCUUAAAUGGAUACCAGCUCCAGGGUCCCUCCACCCUGACGUGUCGCAAUGCUACCACACCCUACUGGAAUGGAAAGGUGCCCUGGUGUACUGUGGCCUGCGGUGGAAUGAUGAAGAAUGCAACUCUUGGUCGCAUUGUGUCCCCUGGUUUCCCUGGGAACUACAGCAACAACCUGACCUGCCACUGGGUGCUGAAGGCCCCUGAGGGUCAACGGCUCCAUGUACACUUUGAAAAAGUGGCCCUUGCAGAAGACGAUGACAGGUUUAUGAUCAAAAAUGGUAACCACAUCGACACGGCAAUUCUUUAUGACUCAUAUGAGGUGGAAUACCUGCCGAACGAGGGAAUCGUCAGUUCUUCCAGACAUCUCUUUGUGGAGUUUACAACGGAUGGCUUCGGCACCAACACAGGCGUAGCCAUCAGAUAUGAAGCUUUUGCGGCAGGGCAUUGCUACGAGCCAUUCGUCAAGUACGGCAACUUCACCACCACUGACAGCACUUACGCUGUGGGCACGGUUGUGGAGUUCACCUGCGACCCCGGCUACACCCUGGAGCAGGGCUCCGUCAUCAUCGAGUGCAUGGAUCCCAGCAACCCUCAAUGGAAUGAGACUGAGCCUGCCUGCAGAGCUGUAUGCAGUGGAGAGAUCACCGAUUCAGCUGGGGUGGUGUUGGCCCCAAAUUGGCCUGAGGCCUAUGAUAAAGGCCAGGACUGCAUCUGGGGGAUUCAUGUGGAAGAAGACAAGAGGAUCAUGCUAGACAUCCAAGUUCUCCACAUGGGCAAGAAUGACCUGCUGACGUUCUAUGAUGGAGAUGACCUGACUGCAAAGAUACUGGGCCAGUACAGUGGCUCCAGGCCUCGUUUCAAACUCUACACCUCCAUGGCUGAUGUCACCAUCCAGUUUCAAUCAGACCCCGCCACCAACAUCUACGGCUACAACAACGGCUUUGUAGUACACUUUUUUGAGGUACCGCGUAAUGACACAUGUCCUGAGCUUCCAGAGAUCUCUAAUGGAUGGAAGACCACAUCUCACCCUGACCUGGUGCAUGGUACAGUGGUGACGUAUCAGUGUUACCCGGGCUUCGAGGUGGUGGGCACUGAAAUGCUGAUGUGUCAGUGGGACCUGACCUGGAGCGGAGACCUGCCCAGCUGUGAAAGAGUUCUGUCAUGCCCAGACCCAGGCACAGUGGAGCACAGUCGCAGGGUGAUGUCAGGGCCACGUCUCAUCGUGGGCUCCACUGUGCAGUACAUCUGCAACAAAGGCUACUUGCUGUCAGGUAACAGCCUCCUCUCCUGCUAUCACCGUGACUCCACUGGCCCGAAAUGGAGCGAGAAACUGCCCAAAUGCAUCCCUGACACAUUGGAGCCAUGCAGGAAUCCUGGGACACCUGCCUAUAGUAUCCAGAGCUCAGAGAAGCGUGUGUAUCAAGCAGGAGAGACUCUGCACUUCUCCUGUCUGAGCGGGUAUGAGCUCCAGGGUGAACCUGUUCUCCGUUGUGUCCCCGGGCACCCUUCCAAAUGGAGCCAUCCACCCCCACUGUGCAAAGCUGUAACACUGGAGUACAUAGAUGAACACAGGCUAGAUGUGGCCAGUGCAGACUUCAGUAUGGAGGGAGCCAGUGUGGCUGUUUCCAUUUUUAUCCCAGUGGCCAUUAUCAUGAUUAUCAUCAUGUCAAUAUAUUUCUACUUUUCAAGGGUGCAGGGGAAAUCACUACGCCUGUCCAUGUCCACAUCGCCACAAUAUGACCACAUUAGAGGAGAGUCGGCUUUUGAAAACCCCAUUUAUGAGACUGGAAGACCUAUGAUUCAAACCAGCCACCAGAGGUACUCUCUAGGAUUCUGUUGUAAAGAAAGAGCCUGUAAGGAGAGUUGAUCUGUGGAGUAGCAUCACAUGGACAUGGCAGAGAAGGAUACAAGAGAAUAUGAAGUCUCCAUUUAAAAACAACAAAGCUCAUUUUAGCAUGGAGGACCGCAAGCCUUUCUCUGCCUUGUGGAAACUUUCUCAGUUCCUCUCAUAUCUUGUGUAGCAACUCUGCUCUUAUACCUGCCUACCUUCUCAUCCUUUCUUAUCUGCUGUAAAUAUUGCCUUGCUUCUGAGGACUUCCACAAGUGAAGAGUGUGGACAACAUGAUAUUAUUUUUGUAGAGCUUCAAUAGCCAUGGCCUAGCAGAAUUGCUUGUACAGUUUUUACCCGUAAUUUAGCCAAAUUAAAUAAGGAAUUUAAAAAUGAUUAAAAACUGGGAAAUUAUGUCAUUUUGCUGAUUGAUGUCUCUUUAAACAUAUUUAUUCAUUUAUUUAAUUUCUUGAUUGUUGCGCUCAACACCCAGAGAUAAUUUAUGGCCUGAAAGGGCAUCAAGAGUAUUACAAUUCAGUAUGUGGCUUAUUCAGAUGAAUUUGCCGCAAAUGUAAUGGUUAUUAUAACAUUUGACACCUGAAUGGCAUGCAGGGAAAAGUAAACACAUUGAAAUUACAAUGGUGUAAAACAAAAAGUAACCAUUCAACAAUAAAUCGUGUGCAUGGUUUACAGCUUUACAGUUUUCCCCACACAUCAUAAAAAUUAGACGUUUUAAUUAUCAACCUUCAAAUGACAUCUGCCAGUUUUUGAAAUGUAGUGUAUUGCAUGGGGACUGGUCUGGCACUUGGUUCUGUAUCCAAUGAUGUGAAGUGGGUCUCCAUUUCAUCUACCCGAAGCCUUUACUUUAUCCUUAAUUGUAGCUAGCCUGUGUGUGCAGUGACAGAGUAAGACUGAGAGGAAAGAGGUCGCUACCUGCGCUGAAUUUUGCCUUUGGUUGAAUAAGCCAAAAGUUAAAAAUAUAUAUGUACAGCAAGUUCUUGUAAAUCAUCCCUCCUUCACUGAUCAUACUGGCUCAGAUUUUUUUGGUUUCAGUUUAUUUUUGUAUGUUUUUAUACAUAUGAUGGAACAAAAGAACAAUUGACUGUACUCUUUCAGCAGGCAUUCUUAAUCUAUAAAUAUCUAAGAAUGUACAUAAAAUUUGUAUUAGAUAUGGCUUAAAUGUAUGUAUAUAUGAGGUUUACCUAUCAUAGAAUAGAUCAUUGUUCAUCAUUUGAUACUGUCUGUCAACAUCAAUGAUAUGGAUCGUCUAAAACAAAUAUGUACUUGUUCUCCAUAUUAAUGUUGUCCGUAUUGAAAAAAUUUAAUUUCAAUGUAAUUAGCAAAAGCUGCCAAAAACAUCACAAUUGGUCAUACAACAGAUAAAAGAAUUGCAUCAUGGAUGUAUGUUUCAUUGUUUCACUGUCUUCUAUUGGAAAAAAAAUAAAAAAUUCGGAAACCUAACAACAUUUAAUUGAUUUAUGAAAUCUCAGAGAAUUCAGAGUGUAGCAGCGUAAAUGAAUUCCUUGACACAGUGCUCAAACUGAA